AUGGUCGCUGGCGCUGGCGUGACGCAGCCCUUUGACCUUGUACGGCUAUCGAUCAGCGAGCGCGUGUGUGUCAAGCUCCGUGGUGAUCGUGAAGUUCGCGGCAUCCUGCAUGCGUACGAUGGCCACAUGAACUUGAUUAUGGGCGACGUCGAAGAGACGAUUUACGACGUCCAAAUUGCUGAAGAUACCGGCGCAGAAACCAUAAAGGUACAUUGUGCGAUACGCAUUGCUGACAAUCAGGUGAAUAAGCGUAACUCUGAAAUGCUAUUUGUGCGCGGCGACGGCGUUAUCUUGAACGAUGGCAGUGUAUAA